ACAGGGUAUCCGCGGGGCAUUGAAAAGCAUUAAAAGUCAUUAAAUGGAUUUUGUCAAAAUUAAGGCCUUAAAUGGCAUUGAAAAGCAUUAAAUUUGAUUCCUCCAGGCAUUAAAAUUUUUGAUUGUUUCAAAGAAAAUUUUAUAGAAGCAAUUUAUUUUAAAUACAGGCUUCAUAAUUAAUAACUUUUAUUUUAUGUCGUAAAAACGCUUAUGUACAUUAGUGUGACGAUCAUGCGGAACCAAUUUGGUAAGUGCUUCCGGCCGGUGCAAAAUUGCCGUUGCGCGGGCUUUUUGGAGUGAACGAGACGACAGCGGAAUGUGACGCAGUAAAAAAACAAAAUGGGAAAGUGCAAAUUUCAGGAUAAAUGGCUGGAAGAAGAGCAGUUUAAACCAUGGUUACAGCCCGUUAAAAAUAGCAAUGAUGAAGCUUUUUGCUGCCUGUGUAAAAAAUCUAUUAAAUUGGCAACAAUGGGCAUCAACGCCCUGAAGUCCCAUAUGAAGUCGGACAGCCACAAAUCGGCAUUAAAAGGCCGUCAGCAAUUGACAAUGAGUAAUUUUUUUGGCGUGACCGAAACUUCUACAACAACAACUGCUUCAAGUACCACAACAACUGCUGCUGUAGUCACCACCGUUUGUGGAGCGACUACCGGAAAAUCGAGCGACAUUCGAUCAGCGUUCGGGUCGAAUGAGACUUUGCGGGCGGAGGUGCUCUGGUGUCUGAACACUGCCGUUCAUCAUCACUCUUACUCGUCCAAUGAAGGCAUUUCUGAGUUGUUCCAGGCAAUGUUUCCUGAUUCUGAAAUCGUCAAAUCUUUCUCUUGUGGCAAGGACAAAACCAGCUACAUUUUAAAAUUUGGACUUGCCCCACACUUCAAAAAUGAACUGGUUUCUGCAGUUAACAACGCAGGUCCAUUUGUGUUGAUGUUUGAUGAGAGUUUCAAUCAGUCAACGAAAAAUAAGCAACUAGAUGUCCAUGUUCGAUUUUGGGAGGCUGGUUGUGUCCAGUCACGUUAUUUUGGAUCACAGUUCAUGGGACAUUCAAAGACUGAGGAUCUGCUGCACCAUUUCAAAAAAUGUGUGCACCUACUAGACCUGAAGCAUCUCCUUUCCAUUAGUAUGGACGGCCCAAAUGUGAACUUCAAGUUUCUCAAUAAUCUCCAGCAAGAACAUGGUGAACUACAUGGAGGUCGGCAGCUUAUUUCUGUUGGGAGCUGUGGACUGCACACAGUACACAAUUCAUUCAAGACUGGCUUCUCCAUAUGGAAUAUUGAGAAAAUUCUGAGAGCAAUGCACUUUGUUUUUCACAAUGUCCCUGCAAGAAGAGAAGAUUAUACAAAACUUACUGGCUCAUCUCUUUUUCCACUCCCAUUCUGUGGACACAGAUGGGUAGAAAAUCUGCCUGUUGCGGAGAGAGCCAUUGAGGUAUGGCCACAGCUUAAACAGUAUGUGGAAGCAGUCAAAAGAAAAGAGCUACCAAACCCAGGAACCUCUUCUUUUGAUACCAUUGAAGCAGCAAAUAAAGAUCCCCUGAUCUUAGCCAAACUUCAGUUUUUCAUGGCAGUAUCCAGAACGUUUUGUCCGUUCUUGAAGAAAUACCAGACCGAUGAGCCAGUCCUGCCAUUUCUGUGCAAAGACUUGACAGAGUUGAUGAUGAGUCUGUUGAGACGUUUCAUCAAAAGGGAGCUACUAGAAGACAUCACUCCCUUUAAACUGACCAAACUUGACACUGAUGACCAGAAGAACUGGGUCAGCGCAAGCCAUGCUGACAUUGGAUUGGGUGCUGACUCUGUCCUUAAGGCUCUUCAGAGCAAAUCAAGCAACAGAGUAGGUGACCUCACUGCUCUUGAAUUUAGAAGGGACUGCAUAAUGUGCCUCUCCAGAAUCAAUAAGAAAUUGCAAGAAAAGAGCCCUUUGAAAUACCCCACUGUCAGGCAGAUAGCAUGCUUAGACCCCUCCAUCAUGAGCAGAGACCCAGAAUGGUGCAAGGGAAAGAUGAAGUCUCUAGUUCAAAGGUUUCUGCAGGACAAGCAGUUGGCAGGAGGAGUUUCAGCUGGUGAUGCUGUUGUGCAGCAGUUUGACAACUUUCUCGCUCUGAAUGGCAAAAGUGAAGAGUUCCUCUCUUUCAAACACAUGGAGCAACGGCUUGAUACUUUUCUUCAUCAAAGUGUCAAUGCAUCUUAUCCUGACCUUUGGCGUUUCUUUCAGCGCCUCCUGUUGUUAUCUCACGGGCAAGCUACAGUAGAGAGAGGCUUCUCGGUAAACAGGGAAGUAGAGACUUGCAAUAUAAAAGAAGAAACUGUUGAGGCCCAGAGACUGGUCUGCGACCAAGUAAGCGCUUCUGGGGGGGUUCUCAAAGUGUCCCUCACAAAGGAACUACUGGUUUCUGUAGCCUCAGCUAGGACCAGAUACAGGAUCUACCUUGAUGAAGAGAGGAGGAAGAGAGAGGGAGCUAUGCGUGGAUUAAAGAGAAAAGCAUUGGAAGAUGAGCUGGAAGAACUGAAAAAGAAAAGGGGGGUGUUGAUGGAGGUGUGCGCCAGCCUUCAGAAGGAUGCUGAUCAACUCGCUGAGCAGGCCGAAAACAAAUCAAACACACUCAUGGCUCAAAUGAUCACAAAAUCUAAUACUCUACGGAGGAGAUACAAGGAAAAAUGCAAUGAAUUGAAAAAUCUUGAGUCAGAGUUGGAACUAAAAACAUCCGAAUUAAGGCACCAUUAAUUCUCUUAAAGGGUUAGUUUACCCAAAAAUGAAAAUUCUGUCAUUUAUUACUCACCCUCAUGUUGCUCCACACCCUUAAGACCUUUGUUAAUCUUUGUAACACAAAUUAAGAUAUUUUAGUUGAAAUCCGAUGGCUCUGUGAGGCCUUCAUAGAGAGUUAAUGACAUUUCUUCUCUCAAGAUUUAUAAAGGUACUAAAAACACAUCUAAAUCAGUUCAUG